CAUCGUAAGAACCGCUUUUUCCAAACUUACACGACGACGCUCCCGUGAAUUUUCUCGUGUUGCACCGUGCAUUUUCCAUUUUUCAGCGUUUUUCUCGCCGCGAAAUUGUGCGUUUUCCCGCGAACUGUUCGGCGACAGACAAAGCGAAUCCGUGCAAAGUCAAUAUCCGGCGUUUUCGGUUCCUCUCUUUGGCCAGUCGGACGGACGAAGAACGUGUCGGUACAUGCUCGUGCGUUUGUUGUGGAAGCGAGCAGCAGAAAAUGGAUUCUAGCGCGAAGCCGAUCGAGGGAGUUUCAGGCCCCGGAACACCGACGAAGCGCACACCGAAGCGGAAGGCGGAUGCAUUCCAGAAGGAAAGUGAGGAGUUACUGAAAACGCUCGGUGUUAGCGCGGAGGAUCUAGAAGAUGGGCGUCGUCGGACGAGAUCGAGCGCUCGUGGUGUCACAGCAACACCACCGACCACGCCGGCAACACCGCCUGCUAAGCGCGCUCGAGGCACAACCGCAACCGCGUCAAAGGUAUCGCCAACAUCAUCAUCAUCAGCGGCGGACUCACAGAAAGCCACCAGCAAAUCUACACCCAAGAAGCGAGGUGGUCAAGUAACCGAGCCAAAAAAGAUCAGUCUUCAAGUCGAGGAACAGUCGAAGGAAAACAAAAAACCUGCGAAAUCAAAGGAACCAUCCGUUGAAAAGAUGGAAACUGAUGCUGCUCCUCCUGCGACUGCGGCAAACACUGCCAGCGAAGUAUCCAGUGAAGCAAAGGAAGAAGCGCCCGUGGUCAAAGAUACAGACACCCCGAAGCCCAGCGAGGAGAGCCAGAAUAAGGAAGAAGUUUCCUCGUCCAAGGAAACGGCGGAUGAUGUCGAAAAAGCUGUUGCUGACGACGUGUCGGAGACGAAGCCAUCUUCCGAAUCGUCUUUAGCAAGCAAAGCCGAGGAGGAGAAGGUAUCGAGCGAAGUAGAAGCGGUAGUGGCAAAGGAUGAUGAUGGUGAGACUAAAAAGCCGUCUGUUGAGGAACCGACGCUGAAAGAACCGGCUUCAGAAGCGAUGGAAGUAGACUCACAGAAGAGUACGGCAGAGGUUCCAGCAACCGUGGAGGAACAGCCCGCUACUGUUGCUGACUCGACUGAGAAAGCAUCGGACAACGUGGAUGCAACCGUUGCAGCGGAUGAAAAGGAGACACCGGUAGUCCCGGAUGCCCCAACUGAAGUGGUGGCUAACGGCGAGGUAGCGGCUCCGAUCAUCUCCGAAGCAGCACCAGCGGAAGUACCAGCCGAAAAAGAAGUAAAGGAGACAAUCCAAGCUAGCGCUGUUACCGAAGUGUCCGCAAAGAACGACGAAGAAACCGUUGUGAAGCCGAAGGAUGCUGCUCCCGAAGUUGAUGCAGUGGCUAUCAAAAGUUCAAUCGUCGAAUCGGAUAAAUCUUUGGCUAAAGUAGAGGAAACCGUCACGAGCAAUAGUGUUGACUGCGAUCGCAAGGAAGACAGCGCUGUGGAGAAGAUCAAUUCAAUUGCCGAACCGAAGAUUGUUUCGACGGAAUCAGCGACAGCAGUGGCGGAGGCAGCACCGGCAGCGGCCCCUUAAAGCAAGCCAGAUUCGUUCACCGGUUACCAGUUGUUGUUCCGCUUCAUUUUCUUAUGGUUAGUUGCCGAGUUUAGUUAUCGUGAGAGGGCACCAAAAAGCUACUCUGCGCGAAUUCGUAGAGGCCACAGUAGUAGUGACGGCGCAGGGUAGUUCUCAAGUGCAUAUUCGAAAGAUUUCUCCAAAGUGCCGAUAGUAUAUAAGAUCUGUUUUUCUUCUCCUUUACUUCAAAGAACCGCUGUAAAGGUUUUCUAUAAAUUUUACAUUGGACAAAAGGGGAAAGUCGCCAUAUUGUGACACGAAGAUGAUUCGUGAUCGGCAACAGUGGACAAACUUACCUUUUAUAUGAAGUUUACUUUCGAUCCCUUCUGCCGCGUUUUUUUCCCUAUUCGGACCAAACUUAACUAAACUAUACGAGCUAUAUUUGAACUAGACACGCUGAACACUUGAAAUUUAGUACAGCAAAAUUUGAUGCGUGCACUGCACUGCUUUCUUUUGAAUUGAGACCAAGUGUUGAUGAACCGGAAAUAAAGAAUAGAGAGACCAAUCAGAAACCGCUCAAACGCUUCACAAUAAUGCGGUCGGCGCGUUUUUGCGAAAGACAAAUCAAUUGAACGGGCUACAGGUAGCGUUUAUAAGUUUCCUUUUUUUGUUUUACUUUUCAUAUACUUCAAUAAGCAGCAACAAGCACAAUCAAAAAAAUAUAUACUACGAAACGGAAAUGUAGAAAGAAUCAGAGAGCGACAUGUUUCAUUCGUCGGAGCGGCUGUACUGAACAGCACAAUAGAACAGUUAUUUUACGGCCAUGAUUAGUGUUUAGUGUUUCGCCUAUUAAGCAUAUUCGCUGCCAGCGAUACGGACAGGGUAGUACGGUUAGUGAACACUACGGAAUAGAGGCACAUUUGUCGACCUAUCGGCACAGAAACACAAGCACAAGGAAACGCAAUUUACUAAAGUGAAAUGAUGGAGCAAUGAAUUUAAACCUUUAGCAUCAAGAAUGUUUUCUUGUCUUAUGUAAGCGUCAACGUGAGUCACAGUACACGUACACAUCAGAUAAUUGUAGCCUCUAAUCGGGAGUGGCCGCUAGAUGUUAGUGGAGUUAAGAUUGCAUCGCCUAAAAGCAUGGCGGUUGCUGAAAUGGAAUAGAAGAAAAAAAACGAUAUCGGCACUGCAAAAUGUACAAAUCUGGCCAUCGAUCUUUUUGAAACUGUUUACCUGUGAGUCUAUAUACAAGGAAGUGUGUUUGUGUGUUAGAUCUGUGACUAAGGGGUGAAUGUAGAACUUUUUCAACUGGAUAGUGCUUUAACAAUAAACAUUACAAACGACCACCGUGGAUUUGCUGCGAGUACUACAGGCAAACGGUUGAGAGGAGCGCGUGGUGCAGAUGAGCAAGAACGUUUUUACCUGAUAACUUGUCGGCAUAGAAUUUACUAUGACUAGUGUAGCUGUAAUUCUUCAUAUUGAUUAUUUACGUUGUACGAAAAAUAAAGAGAACUACAACUCGUUUUUGGGA